AGGAGAAGCCAGGCUGCAGUGUACAGAGGCAGCAAAGUCUGUGGCAGAGGCCCCCAGCACCGUUGAUGACCCUACAUGGCUGGAUCCCAAGAUACCUCCUCCUCAAGAUGCUGAAGAACCGAGCGCCGGCCAAUCAGCUCACCUCCCCCAGCAAGGUCACGGCUUCUUUGAAGGGACAGUAUAAGAGGAUUGCAGACCGAGUUCAAGAUGACCCCAUCCUCGGCGGUCUCGCCAUUCCACUGCUCAACUUGAACGCCAAGUCCAUCUCGACCUUCGCUGCCAGGGAGGAGAAAAAGGCCAACUACGGGGCGACGGUACUGCCGAAGGUGACGCCUCACCUGAAAGUGCUGUCGGACGCACCGUUCCCGGAAGCUCCUGCGCUACCAACAUCCCUCCCACCGCCAGACCGGCCUCAGGUCCAGUACCAGCACGUUCAUCAUGAGGCUGGAAAAAGGCGUGGUGAGAAGCGGGGAUUAUUUGUUGAAGAGCCAGAGCCUGUGCCUCCUGUGAACUGGCCCGUUCAGCCCAUGGUGUCGUCCUCCUCCCUCGGCCAAGGCCUGCUGCGUCCACCCACCUCCAGCCAAGGGCUGCUGCGUCCACCUAUGGACCACCCCCUGUGUCGGCAGCACCCAUACUGCUGGUUCUGUCCCAAAAAUGUAACAAUUGCACACUUUUCCACUUGA